AUGACAAGCGAUCAAAGAACGACAUACAAGACAUGGUCCUGGUUACCCAGCUUCAUCAAGAACAACAACCAUGAAAGAUUACUCUCAGAUCCGGGAGAAGCUCCCAACGAAACCACCUCCUUACUGCCAAAGCCCGUGGAUGACAGUCACGACUAUGACACCGAUGAUCGAACACAGGCCCAACGUAUUCUAUCAGAAUUCUGGAUACUCUUCAAGGCCUCCAUCCCAGUCAUCCUAGCCUAUACCCUUCAAAACAGUCUCCAAACCAUCUCAGUCCUCAUCGUCGGACGACUCAGCCAAGAAUCGUUAGCAGUCRCAGCAUUCAGCUACAUGUUUGCAAUGGCUUCCGCAUGGCUAAUUGGCAUGGGAGGCACGACAGCAAUCGAUACACUUGCAUCUGCAUCCUUUACCGGAAGCAAGAAUAAGCAUGAUCUCGGUAUCAUCCUCCAGCGAGCAUUCCUUGUGCUUACCGUCUUCUACGUGCCCGUCGCCGUGCUCUGGCUAUUCUCUGCGCCAGUUUUCCGAGCCCUGGGACAGGAAGAAUACAUUGCUCRGGAUUCCGCCAAAUUCUUAACGGUGCUUAUACCUGGUGGCCUGGGAUACAUUUACUUUGAAUGUAUGAAAAAGUACCUGCAAGCACAAGGUAUCAUGCGCCCCGGCACAUAUAUCCUCCUCAUAACCUCCCCACUCAACGCGGGACUCAAUUACCUCUUCAUCUACACUUUCAACUGGGGUCUCUUCGGAGCUCCCAUCGCCACAGGAAUCUCCUACUGGCUCUCCUUCCUCCUCCUACUCGCCUACACACGCUUCAUAUCCGGCUACGAAUGCUGGGGAGGUUUCAAUCGCAAAGCUUUCGAUAACAUCGGCUCCUUUACACGAAUCGCAUUGCUGGGUGUUGUACACGUGGGAACAGAAUGGUGGGCUUUUGAAAUCGUCGCGAUUGUUGCUGGACAAUUGGGUACUGUUUCCCUCGCGAGUCAAAGUGUUAUCAUGACAGCGGAUCAAGUCAUGAAUACCAUUCCCUUCGGCGUCGGAGUCGCUACUUCAGCCCGAAUAGGCAAUUUACUAGGAGCCAAAAAUGCCAAAGGAGCUGCUUUGGCCGCCAAUACUUCUGCAUGGUUAUCCAUGAUCCUAGGCGCCGUCGUACUCACAAUCCUAAUGGCCACAAAAGAGAAUUUCGCGCGGCUGUUCAACGACGACGAAGCAGUUAUAAAACUAACAGCCAAAGUCCUCCCCUACGUCGCACUAUUCCAAAUCGCAGAUGGCUUAAACGGUUCUUGCGGCGGUGCUCUACGCGGUAUGGGACGACAACACGUCGGUGCAGCAGUUAAUAUUCUGAGUUAUUACUGCGGCGCAUUACCUCUAGGAAUCUACCUUGCUUUUCAUGGUUGGGGUCUUGGGGGGCUUUGGGUCGGACAAUGUAUUGCUUUGUAUAUUGUGGGGUCGUUGGAAUGGUUGAUUGUGGGAUUUAGUGAUUGGGAGAAGCAGAUUUCUAAUGCGUUUUUGCGUAUGGAUUCUUCUGAGAGGGUUGAGAUGGGAGGGGGGAGGGAUGUGUAG